AUGCUCUACACCCUUGGCUUGUUUGCCCUCGAACCCAUCCGGUUCAUCGAGAAGUACGAGUGGAGAAAGCUGACCGACCUCGAGAAGUGUGCUAUCGGCACGUUCUGGAAGAGCGUCGGCGAUGGUCUUGCAAUCAGUUACGAGGCAUUUCCAUCGCAUAAGACGGGAUUCCGCGAUGGCCUCCAGUGGCUGGAGGAGAUCACGGCCUGGAGUGAAGAGUACGAAGCUAAGUACAUGGUUCCCCAUGCCACGAACCGGGAGACCGCGGAUCAGACUACGGCCGUGCUACUGUACAUGGUCCCGAAGCCGUUCCAGCAGAUCGGUCUGCACUUCGUCUCGUUCAUGAUGGAUGACCGCCUACGACGUGCGAUGCUGUAUGACCCUCCCCCGGCAUCAUAUGCCAAACUGUUCUCGUCGCUUCUGUCCGUUCGCCGCUUUGUGUUACGUUACCUGUCGCUCCCCCGGCCUUAUUUCCUCCGUUUCACUGCCUUCACUGAGCAGCCGGACCGGAAUGAUCGCAUUUUCAUCACCCAGUGGGAUGCGGCACCCUAUUACGUCGCGCCUACUUUCCGGAACCGCUGGGGCCCUGUCGCUUGGCUUACCUGGGCUAUGGGCCGGCCUCUUCCAGGCGAUGAAGGCGAUAAGUAUUACCCCCGGGGCUACUAUACACCUGAUGUAGGGCCCAAGUACUUCGAAGGCAAGGGCCGAGCAUCCCUGGAGGAGUACGUCCAGGACUUGAAGAGUUCACGAACAGGCCGAUGUCCGUUUAUUUAA